GCAGGACGAUAAGCGAUGGCUGUAAAUGCUCAUCAACUGCUGUACGGAGAUAAAGUCAACACUUGGCUAGUGCGUAGUGCAGACCCCCCGUGUGAGGAUCAACGCGGUGUACCAAGCGUCCUUUGGCAGCGGCGUCAGUGAGUGAGUGCAUCUGUUGCAAAUGAUUGUGUGGAAGGAUACGUGCAUAUGCAAAAUCACCUGUUACGAUUGAUAGUGUAGAAAUUCAGUUGGAAAGUCGCACAUUAUUUCUUCUCGGGACAGGAGCGUUCGGUGGCAACGAUUUGCAUUGCCGCUAGUGUGCCACAAUUUAAACAUUAAAGUGACCGAAAGCAAAAACAUCACGCGUUUGCUGUCCUCCGUUUUCGGUGCGGUGAACAAAUUGUCGUAGUGCUUUUGACCGACGGAAGUGCUGAUCAUUUCAAUACUGCGUGUGGUACACACUACCGAAGUUCAGCAGAAGAAUGCGUAGCUACACGUGGGUUAUGGCACUGAUCGCGUACGUGACGCUGUCCCUCUGCCUGUCGAUCAGUUGGUCACUUCCGGCCAGUGGUUCGAGCGGUAGCAGUGGUAACGGUGGCAACGAUCUCGACCUGGAUGAUCUGACGCGGGAUCGUGUAUCGGGACAGGGAGAAAUCUCAACGUCCCAGUUUCAGCACAUGCUAGCCGUCCGAUCGCCAAAGUACAACUUUGGACUCGGCAAACGGCGUUACAUCAUCGAGGACGUACCGGGCGCCAAACGGUUACCCCAUUACAACUUUGGACUCGGAAAGCGCGGGAGCCCUUUGGGAGGUAACGAUUACGAGUACGAUGGACUGGUGGGCAAUCAGCUCGGAUGGAACGAUAACGACUAUACCAAUCUGAUCACGAAGGAUGGCCAGCUCGACUACGACGCAGAGAAGGACAAAGAUGCUGCGAAACGAGCUGCCUCUGGCAAUGGUGCUGGUGCUGCUUACCGCUAUCACUUCGGAUUAGGCAAGAGACGUACGUACGACUUUGGUCUCGGUAAGCGUUACUUCGACGCGGAAGACUUCAACAAGCGACUACCGAACCGGUACAACUUUGGUCUCGGCAAGCGCUAAUUCCGAGUGACAUCAUAUACACCGACCGUAUCCGGAUCCGGUUCCGUUUCCGUGGCGUGGCCAGUGCAUCACAACAACAACAACAACAACAACAACAGCAAAGAAAAAAGACAACAACACGUGUGCGAGUGUGAUUGGAAAUGAAUGCCCCCGCUCCCAUUAGCUCCAGCACCCGGUGUACCAGCCAGACACGACCAUGCCGAGUUCCAUGAUAGUUCUUUGGCGCUUUCCACGACUGACGUAGCGCAGUGUAAAUUAUAUAUAAAGAAUAGCACAACCAACUCUCCAACACACACCAUGUAUCUCCCAUGGACACAUUACACUACUAGGCGUUACGCGAAACGUUUGGCCGGCGCACAAAAGGCGUCACCAGUAAGGUAACGACGAGUCGCUAAACUUAUCGAGAUAAAUGUAGCACGUAGUUUGCAUGACCAACAACACUACUACCGCGUUCAUCAUGCCACCAGGAUGGUAUAACUGACUAAUGGAAAACAUAAAGCAAAAGAAAACACUUCAACAGUUAUUUAUAUUGUUUUACUUCAAAUUUCAACACGUCAAGAGUCCAGAGAGAGAGAGAGAGAGGUUGAACGAGAGGAAAGGUAUAACUUAAGCGAUUAAAUUAAACAAAAAACAAACAAACAAACAACAAAACACACAGUAAAAGCAUGUAUAAUGAAUCGGAAAUAAUAAAGAUGAUAAAUAUGAAACAUGAAACUACAUCCAACUUUUCCCUUUUAAAAAAAACCCUAACGUAUGCUUACGAGCUUCCGUUUACGAAGUCUUCUGCUACUAAUUAUUGUCUAACGUAAGCAAUUGUACCCUAAUGUAUCGUUAAUAUUUCUUCCUUCAUUACUUCAUACUCUACCCAACAGUUCCUUUUUGGCCGGCAUGAUCUUAACUAACACACUGUUUGGAAAUGGAAAGGGACACCGUUCAGAGUAUUGCAUGUACAGUAUACGGUGUUAACGACUGAUGCAAGUUAGUUAACUUUCCCAAAAAAAAACACACUUUUAAAUGGUCGUUAUCAACAUGUAACGCGCACAUACAGAACACGUCCUUUCGAGUUUCGAGUUUUCUCUUUCUACAACACGACAAGAACACACAUACACCAACACUCGUUCUUUUAAGAUCGAGCGAUUGGGUGCAAACGUUUCGUACGUUAUAGAAUGGUAAACGAAUACAAAUAUGCUAACUCGAAUUCAUGGCUCAACCAUCCAAAAAGUAUGCAAAAGUGUUCAAUUGCAAUUUACAUACAUUUAUGUAAUGGAACUAAACUUUACAUCUAUCUCUCUGUACUCUCUUCUCAUGUGCGUGUGUUGCUGCGUGUAAUAAAAAUAAAAGAAGAAACAAAACAAAACAAACCCUUUCCAACUAUCUGUAAAUAUGCACAGCUUCUGUGGCACUAAAGCAGCAGAGUUACCGUGUAAGGAAUAUUAAAUCAAAUGUUUACUAAAAAUUCGUGCGAUGGUAAAUAAAGCUACUGAACUGGAAUUUAAAACCAAUAAAAUACCACCGUAGUGGUAAAUGAACAUGGCAAA